AUUUCCCAGCAUCCCGCGCGGUGCUGAGCCACUUCCGGAGCCUUCAGCGAAGAUGGCGGCGCCGGAGGAGCACGAUUCUCAGACCGAAGUCUCGCAGCCAGCAGGAGAGGAAGAGGAAACUAAAACAUUUAAAGACCUGGGCGUGACAGAUGUAUUGUGUGAAGCUUGUGACCAGUUGGGAUGGACAAAGCCCACCAAGAUCCAGAUUGAAGCUAUUCCUUUAGCCUUACAAGGUCGCGAUAUCAUUGGGCUAGCAGAAACUGGCUCUGGGAAAACCGGGGCCUUCGCCUUGCCCAUCUUGAAUGCGCUGCUGGAGACGCCUCAGCGUUUGUUUGCCCUGGUUCUCACCCCGACUCGAGAGUUGGCCUUUCAGAUCUCAGAGCAGUUUGAGGCCCUGGGCUCCUCUAUUGGAGUGCAGAGUGCUGUGAUUGUAGGUGGGAUUGAUUCAAUGUCCCAGUCUCUGGCCUUGGCAAAAAAACCUCAUAUAGUAAUAGCAACUCCUGGUCGACUGAUUGACCACUUGGAAAAUACAAAAGGUUUCAACUUAAGAGCUCUCAAAUACUUGGUCAUGGAUGAAGCAGACCGAAUAUUGAAUAUGGAUUUUGAGACAGAGGUCGAUAAGAUCCUCAAAGUGAUUCCCCGAGAUCGGAAAACUUUUCUCUUCUCUGCUACCAUGACCAAAAAGGUACAAAAACUUCAGCGAGCAGCUCUGAAGAACCCUGUGAAAUGUGCUGUUUCCUCCAAAUACCAAACGGUUGAGAAGUUACAGCAAUAUUAUCUUUUUAUUCCCUCUAAAUUCAAGGACACCUACCUGGUUUACAUUCUAAAUGAAUUGGCUGGAAACUCCUUUAUGAUAUUCUGUAGCACCUGUAACAACACUCAGAGAACAGCUUUGCUACUGCGAAAUCUUGGAUUCACUGCCAUCCCCCUCCACGGACAGAUGAGUCAGAGCAAACGCCUAGGAUCGCUUAAUAAGUUUAAGGCAAAGGCUCGUUCUAUUCUUCUAGCAACUGAUGUUGCAAGCCGAGGUUUGGACAUACCUCAUGUAGAUGUAGUUGUCAACUUUGAUAUUCCUACUCAUUCCAAGGAUUACAUCCACCGAGUAGGUCGAACAGCGAGAGCUGGGCGCUCUGGAAAGGCCAUUACUUUUGUUACACAGUAUGAUGUGGAACUCUUCCAGCGCAUAGAACACUUAAUUGGGAAGAAACUGCCUGUUUUUCCAACACAGGAUGACGAGGUUAUGAUGCUGACAGAGCGCGUAACUGAAGCUCAAAGAUUUGCUCGAAUGGAGCUGAGGGAGCACGGGGAGAAGAAGAAGCGCACUCGAGAGGAUGCUGGGGAUAACGAUGACACAGAGGGUGCUAUUGGCGUCAGGAACAAAGUGGCUGGAGGCAAAAUGAAGAAACGGAAAGGCCGCUAACCACGUCGCAGAGGCUCGAGUUACACUUUCUGUUCUCUGAGAGGAUUGAACAAGUGAGUGGAACCUCUGGCAGAGUUCUCAGACUGAAGUCCGUCAAACUACGGCCACAGCCCACUCAGCUAAUUCAGUGCUCGUUCCCUUUCUGUGUGUUGGAGGAAGUAAAUACAUGUUACCGCAGGCUACGUCUUCGUAGAGCUGACGGCAAGACCGCUGUUGUCCAACUGGGGUUCCUUGUGCAUGGCCUGAGUGGGCUGCGUUCUCCUAUCACUUUCUGCAGACCAUUGUGCCUUUCAGCUGGAAGUCAAGGACUAGGUGGACGGAGCACAUGACCUCUAAUUGUAAAGGGAAGAGCUUUUACUUCUGUGAUGCUACUUCAGCCUCCGCAGCUUGUGUGUCAUUAGACCUGGUGUGAAACAAUAAAUUUAAAUAUGAUUUUUAAAAGA